AUGCAAACGACGCUACGAGUGGAGGGAAUGACCUGUUCGGCGUGUACGUCGGCCGUGGAGGCCAGUCUGCGUGAGUUGGACGGCGUGGACGACGUGAAGGUGGCCCUGUUGACGGAACAAGCCCUCGUGACCCAUUCGCCCACCGUCUCGGCAGACGCAUUGGCUGAUGCCGUGGACUCGGCUGGGUUUGGGGCCACCAUAGAACAGUCCGGUGCGGCCGACGGUGCUGCCGGAUCGACCGAGACAUCCAUUUUGACCAUCGGGGGCAUGACUUGUAGCUCCUGUGUGGGCGCCGUGACAGACGCAAUCAGGGCAGUGCAUGGGGUCCAGGACGUGCAGGUGUCGUUGCUCACGGAACAGGCAGUUGUGAAACACACGGGGUCAGCACAGAAACUGUGCGAGGCGGUCGAAGACUGUGGGUUCGAGGCCACUCUUGUGGAAACCAAAAAUGGCCAAACAGCUCCGGAUUUGGAGUCGGUGGUCCUUAAGGUGUUUGGAAUGACCUGUGCCAACUGUUCGGCCUCGAUAGAACAAACAGUCUCUGCAUUGGACGGUGUGGUAAGCUGUCAGGUGGCUUUGGCCACCGAAGAGGCCCAUAUAACCUACGACAAUAGCAGAACGGGCAUCCGUAAGAUUAUGGAAACCAUCGAGGAUUGCGGGUUCGACGCUCUGCUCAACUCAAAACUAGACACUGCCUCACAGCUGGAUCUGCUGCUCAAAGUCAAGGACAUUGCGUACUGGCGUCAGAUCUUUGUGCGAAUGAUCAUAUUCGGGGCCCCCAUUUUCUUCAGACACCAUAUCUGGCCAAUCGUGGCCCUCAUAUUUAAUAUCCACUGGAAGAAAGUCGCCCUGUUCCACGGGGUGUUUCUCGAGUCCAUCUUGGAGCUAGCGUUGGCAACCUACAUCCAGUUCUGGCUCGCCCACCGGUUCUACGUCAACUCGUUCAAAGCCAUCAAACACAAAAACGGAACAAUGGACCUGCUGAUCUGUGUUUCAACAACAGUCAUCUACAUCUAUUCAGCACUUUCGAUUCUCAUCUCGAUGUACCACAGCUCAGAAAACCCGCCUCAUGUUUUGUUCGACACGUCCGCCAUGCUUUUCGUCUUUGUGAGUCUUGGAAAAUGGAUAGAGUCCAAGGCCAAAGGAAACACUUCCACUGCGCUGUCCAAGCUUCUUUCGCUCACGCCGCCAAACUGUCUGAUCUUGGAAGACCCAACAGACUUUGGCUCGUCGCAGCGGGAGAUCGUCAUUGAUCUGCUCCAGAAAAACGACACAGUGGUGUUACCACCAGGAUCCAAGAUCCCAGCGGACGGCGAGUGCGUUUUCGGGUCUUCUGAGGUGGACGAGUCGCUUCUCACAGGAGAAUCGUUGCCCGUGGUGAAGAAACCGGGCUCCAAGCUGUUUGGAGGCUCCAUCAAUGUUGCCUCACCGAUUUACAUGCGUGUGGACGUUUUGGGAGAACAAACACAGCUUUCCAAGAUCGUCAAGCUUGUCAAGGACGCCCAGAUCACCAAGGCUCCGGUACAGAAGUUUGCCGACGUGAUAGCCGGCAAGUUUGUGGUUACCAUCCUUGUGCUGUCGGUGGCCACUCUUGGUUUCUGGUCGAUGUACGUCUACUGCCACUCAGCAGACAACGUGCCAUCAUUUUUCGUCGACAAGGACACCGGCCGGGUCAUUUUCUCGCGCAUCUUGCAGGUGGCCAUUUCCGUGGUCGUGGUGGCCUGUCCCUGUGCGCUCGGAUUGGCUGCCCCCACUGCCGUGAUGGUUGGAACCGGUGUUGGUGCUACCAACGGGAUUUUGAUCAAGGGAGCCGACAUUCUGGAAAAGGCCAACGGGAUCGACUGCGUGGUGUUUGACAAAACGGGGACCAUCACUUCUGGUCGCAUGCGUGUGGUGAGCCACCAUUUUCUUGGAGAUUUAGAAGCUUCCUCUCUAUGGAGCAUUAUCCAUGCCGUGGAGGCAACGAGUGAGCAUCCUGUUGGUAAGGCUCUGGCCGCAGGAGCUCUCCCACUGGCUAAAGAACAGGCUGUCGAGAUCGUCAGUGUGAGCACUGCGGUCGGGUUCGGCGUCGAGGCCCAGAUCAAGCUGGACGGGUCUAUUUUCAGCGUUGCCAUUGGAAACAAGCAGCUCAUCGACAGAAGCAAGGUGGACAACGCCAAAGACUUUGAGGACUCGUGCAAACGCACACAGACGCACGAGAUCUCGCAGUUCUCGCACAUUCUGAUCAACGACCGCUACGUUGGGUACGUGGAGCUGGCAGACUCGCUGAAAACGGACGCUGCCAGCACUAUCGGCGCGCUGCUCGAUGCGGGCUACACGGUGUCGAUGGUGACGGGAGACAACGCCAAUACGGCGCGCACGGUGUCGCGUGCGGUGGGGAUUCCGUUGAGCAACGUUUUCGCACAGGCCAGACCGGACGACAAGCUACGUGUCGUGGACCAGAUGCAGCAGCGCGGCCUGAAGGUGGCGUUUGUAGGCGACGGCAUCAACGACGCCCCGGCUCUGAUCCAGGCCGACCUGGGCAUUGCCAUCGCAUCAGGCACAGACAUCGCGAUCGAGGCCGCCGACGUGGUGAUGCUCUCGUCUGCACAGCCCGAGGCCGCCGACGAGGUGCAGCUGAACGACUUUGGCCGCCAGGACGGCACCGCCGGCGUGUUUGGCGCGCUGGACAUCUCGCAGAAGACCUUCCGCAGCAUUAAGACCAACUUUGUGCUGGCCGUGGUGUACAACCUGGUGAUGCUACCAAUCGCGAUGGGAUUUUUGAUCAUCCCGUUCAAUAUCACAAUGAACCCGAUGUUUGCGUCGGCCGCCAUGGCGUGCUCGUCUGUCAGCGUGGUACUCAACUCUCUGCGGCUGAAGGACUGGAAAAUGCCCGUGCUCACGUCGCCCGUGCUCUCCGAGGAAAGCCUUGACUGGGCCGACGACAGUGUGCUGACCGCGAUGGAUGCUACCAAGAUGGAGAUUAAUAGGUCGGCCACCAGAACGUGGGGGUUCAGGUGGGGGAGGUGGGCCGACCGGUUCAGAAACCCGUACCACCGGGUGCAAGGUAAUGUUUAA